AUGUGGACUCUGGCCUGGCUGGGCAUCACCAGCCUGUGUCUGGGGGCAGCUUGGGCUGUUCCACCCAUGAAGGAGAGAAGGAAGGCAGAGAAGCUAAAAGCUGACUUUGCACUCUAUGAAAAUGUGGACCUGGACAACUAUGACCUGACAUUGGAUAACUAUGGUGAGAUCCUUGACCUGAGCAACUACGAGGAGCUCUAUGACUACAGUGACCUUGGUCCAAAGAUCGAGGUGGGCACCCUGGCUCCUCGCCCCAAGGACCCUGCAGCCCACCCAAACGUGGGUGCCACGGCUGAAACCCCAAAGCUGCAGCCUCCAGUCACUGCUGGCCCCCUCCACCCAGCACCCAGCCCCGGGCAGGGUGAGUCCCUGCCCAGCUGCCUGCUCUGCCUGUGCAUUGGCACCUCUGUCUACUGUGAUGACACGGACCUGGAGCACAUCCCGCUGCUGCCCCCAGCCACCACCGACCUGAAGCAGCUGCAGUUUCUCCAUCUGUCUGAUAACCUGCUGGAUUAUAUCCCAACACCCCUGCCCGAGAACCUGCGCUCCCUGCACCUCCAGAACAACAACAUCCAGACCCUGCAGGAGGACACGUUCUGCAACAGCCAGGACCCCAGCCAGAUCCGCAGGGCGCUGGAGGACAUCCGCCUGGAUGGCAACCCCAUCAACCUCAGCCUCUUCCCCAAUGCCUAUUUCUGCCUGCCCCGCCUGCCCACAGGCCAAUUCUUCUGA